CUCGCUUGGCUUAAAACCCUGCAUCUCAGCAGCCCCCUUCUUUCUCUUCACGGUGAAGAGGAGCCAUUCUCGCCGGCGGCCACCAACACCGCCGCCACUACCGCGUCCGCUUCCCGGUUCCCAGCUCUCGCUCUCCAUCCAGCUACUAAUUGCUGGCAUAGAGAUGACGAGCAGGCUAUGGAGAAUGUAUGCCGAUCAUGUGUACAAUCGGUGGGAGAAGACGGUUCUCUGGGAUAUGAUUGAGCCCUACCGACGUCCCCGGUCCUUUACCCCUCUCGUCUCCAUCUAUAUCGCUGCGUUCUACACUGGCGUCAUUGGCUCGGCUCUCACAGAGCAACUCUACAAGGAAAAGUACUGGGAGGAUCAUCCUGGGGAAGCAGUGCCAAUCAUGAGGCCAAAGUUUUAUUGGGGUCCUUGGAAAAUAAACAGGGGUUCUGUCUUGCCUCCCAAUCAGUAGAAGGAUGACUGGCAGAUAAGAAUUGCAUGUGAAUUGUUUUAGGGAGGGCUUUGCCAUAUUUUAUGAUCUGGUAAACUUGUCAAGAGACUUGAAUUUUCUUUGAAUAAAGUUGUAAAAGAUGGAUGGCCAUGGCUUAUAUAUAGCAUACUAUCUUAAUUUUAGUUUA